AUUACUUUUCAUUGUAAAAUAUGUUUUUAAAUAUUUUUUAAUUUUUUACAAUCUCUCCCUAUUAUUUAAUUCCCGUUGACAGGUUUGUUAUCAAAUAAAUAUUGUAACCAUGAGCUUCCAAUCACCAAAAUCUUCAAUGAAACCUCGUAUUUGCCAACCAAACAAAUUUAAAUAUAAUAGCGGCAGUAUGGUGAACUAAUACGAUCUCUCUUUCUAACAAACUAUGAAAGCAUGUGACUAAAAAGAGACAGUAAGAAAUCAGCCAGUGACGUUAUUUACUAGUCAAGCUAUUAUUAUGUGUGUAGAGAAAGAAAUAAAUUAUCAAGUGUUUUAAAAUUUCUUUUCAAUAUAUCUUUUAACAGAUCGAUAUUUUAUGUGACGCAGUUUUACUAUAUUUUAUACAACAGCAAAUCAAUACAGUUAGCUCUAACUGCAUUGUAAAGUAUUUGUUUAUCAAAAUAGGUAAACAACAGCCGAAAAAACUAGAUGAUUUGAGUGUACUUCGAUCGCCAUUACUAUAGGCAUUAUUAAAUUAACGGUGCAAAGUGUGUGACUGUGUCAAUGCGUAAUUCGUGUAGGAGUAUCCAUUCUUGAAGGUUUGCUUAUUUAUUUGUAAAAAGAACAUAAUUUUCUUUCAAUUUUGGCGGGAGUCCUGGCACGUUGUAUCGUGGUUGUCGAAUGGCGAUCUGUCACCUGUCGCCUCCUGGCUUCAUCGACGCAGAUAUAAGUUCAUGUUUCAGUGGUUCUCAGUAAAAUUAGCAGUGCAAUAGUGAAAUUCCUGGUGUGCAAUCCAUGUGGACAUUCGACGAUGCGUCGCGAUUAGGCGGGUCGGAUAUGGAUAGUAGGCGAGCGUGCCCAAGCUACGAAGCCGGGUUAGACGUGUGCGAUCCCUUAGGAUCAGUCCUGGAUUGGUCUGGUCGGGAACCAGCCCGCAUACUACGGCGUCGGUGCCGCAGUGAGGGUAUAGACCGUUCGCCUUACGAGGAUGUAAGUCGCGAGGUGAACCGCUCCGCGGAUGGUAACUGUCGAUAUCAUCGAGCCCAGCCCAACAAGAGCCAUUUCACGCUGAAUAACAGCGAGCCACAAUACGCGGCUGCACGGUUUCGUCACGAGUGCUCGCUGCCAGCUGCCGAGAACGGCGACUACGUCAUGGCCCACGAGCGGGACAGGUUCCAUGGUUACCAGCCAGGAAGAUCAAAAUUAUACCGAAAAAGUCCUACCAGACCAUUAUUAGUAACAACACUAUCCAAUACUAAAGUUGAUGAUCGUUUACCAAAAGUUGAAGAACUAUUAGAAAAAGUUGAUCAAGACAUGAUGGAAGUGCAGGCGACAAAGCAGCCUUUAAAAUCAAUACUCAAUAACCCCUUACCUAAUUCACCACUUCAUGGUAUUCUGAAGAAACCUAAAAACAGGCCACAGCCAGAUUCUAAAUGUACCUUAGAAGGACGCAGAAGACAAAGAGCGGCUAGCGAAUCAGACAAUUUGUUCAGCAGUUUUAAUAGUAUUGGAUCUCCAAUACCAGGCUAUGAUAACCGUUUAUCAUACCUCUCGACGAACACGAAACGUGCCAAAGACAAUUCGGGUAUCGGUUAUUCUUAUGGAUCAGCGAUCGCUAGUCUCGGUAGUGGGACAACAGUCAAAAGUCCUACCAGGAGCUCUAGUGGGUCGAAACAACCCCGUGUACGUAAAGAUCAAAUGGUGAUGAAGGACGACCAUGAUAUGCAUUUAUUGAGAACCACGGCUAUCAACGAAACUGUUCGUCUUGAUUCUAGAAUGGAUAUGCCACGCCAAGACACGCCCACGCCCACGUGCCCAGCGGUGAGCCCAGCCCUACCUGUAAGUUCAGUGACCACGAUUCCAGUCGGUAAGAAAGCCGUCAAAAUCAAGAAAAAAGUGAAGUCUGCCAAGUCCAAAGGUACCAAGAUGAAGACUGGAAAUAACACCGACUGCUGCGGACUCGAUUUGGAAACUGAAGAUGCGCUCAGCAGGUCCCCAUCACCAGAUCCGUUAAUGGACCACUGGCAGAUGGACACUGACGCGGCUUUAGCGGAGCUGGAGAUCAUGGAAGAACCGGGUUUGCCUUCAACAGCCAAAAAAGACGAGGAGAAUCUCACGCUAGUCACCAAACUAUCUAGCAAGCUCAAUGGAACUGUUGUUACUCCGAAGAAAGCACACUCAAAAGAAUCACCAGUAUUCUUACCGGAGUCGGUGGCGAAUUGUCUUCGGCCCUCCCUGUUCCCUCGCGUGCCACCCUACCUCAAAUUCAUAGGUCACGAAGAGAGCCCCUGCCUCAAGGUACCUCUGCCGAUACAAAAACAUCUGAAAUGGAAGCUGACUACGAUCACGCCAAUAGUUGUGAAGAAGACGUUAACAAAUUCUGGUUUUCGGUUGGUAAAGAGCGAAUGUGAUACUGCAGAGUGCCCGCAAGAAGAGACAAUAGAAUGGAUUGGUAUUUGGGGCAAGCAUAUGAAGUCGAUAAUGUUCAGAGCUAUCAAAGAUGGGCAGAAGAUGAAUCAUUUCCCUGGCACCUUUCAAAUCGGUCGUAAAGAUCGGUUGUGGAGGAACUUACAAAAACUGGUCUGCAAGUAUGGGAUCAGUGAGUUUGGUAUAAUGCCGAAGACUUACGUGUUGCCCCAUGAUAUGAAGCUGUUGAAGCACGAUUGGGAGAAAUAUGCUGCUAACAACGAACGAUGGAUCAUCAAACCGCCGGCUUCAGCCCGCGGUACUGGCAUCAAAGUAGUAUCCAAAUGGACGCAGAUCCCCAAGAAGCGCCCCGUAGUGGUUCAGCGAUACGUGUCGAAGCCCUACCUUAUCAACGGCAACAAGUUCGACCUCCGGCUGUAUGUACUCGUGACGUCAGUACACCCUCUUCGGAUAUAUCUAUAUAAGGAUGGACUGGCUAGAUUUGCUUCAGUAAAGUAUAACGACGAGCUGGCAUCGUUGAACGAUAGGUAUAUGCAUCUGACGAACUACUCUAUCAAUAGAUUGUCUAAGAACUACACGCCGAAUGAGGAUUUUGCGGCCUGUGAAGGACAUAAAUGGACACUACAAACGCUACUACAAUACUUGAAAGCUGAGAAACGUGUAGAUACAGAAAGUUUAUGGAAUGCCAUGAAGGAUCUUGUAAUAAAAACAAUAAUAUCUGGAGAAGCAAGUAUUAGUUCACUGACCAAAGCCAAUAUCACGUCGAGGUACAAUUGCUACGAACUCUUUGGAAUUGACGUAUUGCUGGACGAAGAUCUUAAACCUUGGUUAUUGGAGGUGAACAUAUCUCCGAGCUUGCACAGCGCAUCUCCCCUGGACAUUCACGUGAAGGGUCCGCUGGUCACCACCGUCCUCAACAUAGCGCAGUUCCAAGUUCCUGUAAAGACCAACCUGGAGAUGCUCUCCAAGGAUAAACCACACAAACUGUUCCAGGUGCCAGGCCACACCAAUAUGGACACGGUUCCCAAGCAGAAUCCUAAACAACUGUCGGGGUUGCCAUACGACAGUCGGUUGUAUACAGUGUACCUGUCUAAAGAAGAACGAGAUAAGCAUAUAAUAUACACUAAUAUGGAGGAUCGGGAUAUGUAUCUACGGGACAUACUAUCAACAUUGACACCGGACGACGUGCGUCACCUCAUACAAUCGGAAGACGAGUUAACUCAGUCAGGUGACAUGGAGAGAAUAUUCCCAACAUACGAGACACACAAGUACUUGGGAUUCCUGGCUGGACCCAGGUAUUACAACCGACUGUUUGACGCCUGGGAGACUAGAUACGGUCGGAAUAGGGAACCGGGCUUGGAACUGCUCCGCAACCUGUGUGACAUCGGCUACCACCUGGAAGUGCCGCCGGUGCCCCUGAAGCCGGCGCCCCCGCUGAGCGCGUUGGAUGGUUGCAGAAUGAUGUGGACGCGCCGUCCCCGGCCCCGUCGGAGCGGCCAUCCGUGCCGUCCCUCACGUCGCUGGAGCACGGAGGCGGCGGCGCGGCGGACGGCGCAGGCGCGGGCGUGGGGCGCGCGUGCGGGCCGCUGGCGGGGCUCGGGCCCCUCGGGCCGCUCGCGCUGCCGGCGCUCGAGCCGCGCGCCUAGCCCCCGCCGCAAGCCCGCCACCGACCUCAACGAGAACUGCUGCGCGCCCGCGUCGGACGAGGCCCCUUGCUGAUCGUUCUGGACCUCUAAGCGCCGUUGAACUCGAGUGAAAGCUUUCCGAGCUUAUUUCCUAACGGAUUCUCGUCGUAAUAGUUGCCGUUUUAGCGUGUAUCCGAUGUGUUUCGACAACUUUGAUGCUAUCGUUUGUGUAGAUGGUGUUGGUGCUCAACCGUUUGUCGUAGUGAAGAUUUACGUUCGAUGAACAUGUGAUAGACCACCGCUAGGCAGUAGGAGCUGGCCGCGCAGCCGACGGUCCAUUCAGAGUUGUCGACUGAUAUGUGUUAGUUCUCCAGUCUUUGUCGUCGUUUCUUGACUCGAUAUUACUUUAAUCACAUUCCUGCUCAUGACCUUUGCACGUCUUAAGAUAUACCUAAUGUAACAAAAAUUGUAAGUUUUAAAAUCUCAAAAAUAUAGCAAAAUUUGUAAAUCUUUGAAGUUUGAACAGGAGUGAUAACUGUAUUAGUGUUCAACAUUUGUUGCCCGUUGAGUGUAGGCGCGUAUAACUGGCUAUUUUAUUUACGUAAUUGUAGUUUUAAGGUAUGUUGAAGUCUGCGCUCAACGAGCUCAUCGCGAAUGUCAACAUUAGAGGGUAUUUGAAAGCGAAGAAAUUUUUAAGUGAAAUUUAGCCUUAACUACCUAUUUGUUUUAGGAUGACUGAAAUAAGAUUUCUGACAUGCUUAGUUCAAUGUUAACUUUGCAACAAAAUAACGAAUAACAUUUAUUCGUACCGAAGGACGUAAUAAAAUUUCAUUUCAUUGUAACCAAAGCAUUCAGAAACUAUAUUUUAGUCAGUAUUCGGAGACUGAUAGAAUUUUUAGCAUUAAUUUAUUACUUUUAAUUUUGUUUUAAUUCCUUUUACAUAUGUGCGUUCUAUCAGUCUUUGCGCUGUGUACACCCAGGUAGACUUUAAAAUCGAAAUAAAUAUUUGUUUUGAAAUUAAUUAAAUACAUUAUGAAUUGUGGUUAGCUUCAAUGGUUUGCUACAGUUUGACCUGCGUGUAUAUAUGCGACCUUUUAGGAACGUUUCCCUAAAGCUGGUGAAAAGAAAAAAAAGUAAAUGAGAUUCUAAAAGUAUGAUGUAUGUAAUUCCCAAAUUACAAUGUGUUCAUUGUAUACCUAGAGUUUGCUAGAUUAGCGCGUAUAAGCUCGUCAUGUCUUCGAGUCGUGUUCAAAGUAAAGAAUCGAUAAAAUUCGAUGUAUAUAAUCUUAGUAAAUGUAAUCGAUUUUGAUUAGUAUCGAUGAUGUUUCCAUUCCUUUAUAAGAAAAACAUUAACAAUAAUCUCGAUUAUGAAUUAUUCAUUUUCCAGUGUAUUUUUUGGAAAUAUUAAAAUAGUUGUUUAUUAUCUUGAAGAUGCAUACGAUUUUAAUUGUAAUGAUUAAAUUAUUUUCAGUGUAACAAUAAAUCGGUUGACACGUCAGAUUAUUUGAUUGCGAUUCCCUGCGUCGACUGUUGUCUUUUAUAUUAUUUUAUUAUACGAUUGAUGGCAGUUCUUUUUUUAAAUCUGUAUUUAAUUUUUUUACUUUAAUUUGUACUCUACUCGAACAAAAUACAACAGAAUGUGACAUUGUUUUUUUAA